GAAACAAUCCCUCUGACCCCUCGUUGCUUUGUGGGUAGCAGGAAAAAGGCUCAAAAAGCGGUCUGAUAGCGACAAGCGCACGUUGCAGUUGCUUUAGCAGAAACAGCAAGAAAAAUAACUUCUUUCCAAGACAACAAUCGAGGCUGUUGAAAGAUGUCCAUCGGCGUGCCAAUCAAGGUCCUGCAUGAGGCAGAGGGACACAUCGUGACCUGUGAGACCAACACAGGCGAGGUGUACAGAGGCAAGCUGAUUGAAGCUGAGGACAACAUGAAUUGUCAGAUGUCUAACAUCACCGUGACCUAUCGCGAUGGUCGGGUUGCGCAGUUGGAACAGGUCUACAUCCGAGGAAGCAAGAUCCGCUUUCUGAUCUUACCUGAUAUGUUAAAGAAUGCUCCCAUGUUAAAGAGUAUGAAGAACAAGAACCAGGGUUCUGGAGCGGGAAGAGGAAAGGCGGCUAUUCUAAAAGCGCAAGUGGCUGCAAGAGGGCGAGGUCGUGGUGGAAUUGGAAGGGGCAACAUCUUCCAGAAGAGGCGAUAAUUUUCUUUAAUUUUUCUUGCUUCGUUUCUUCUCUGGAUUUGAAAUAAUUUGGUGUUCUUUGGUAUUUUGUGCUUUUGCCAUUUAUCACUUUGGUUUUAUUUUGUAUGGAAAUAAACAUCUUAAAGUUUAUAAAUGAUA